UAUGGUUGUUGUUAGGUUAGGGUAAAAGCAGUUGAGGUUAUGAAUUAUUGUUUGCGCUUGUCGAGGUAGUGAAUGUUAGUUAUGGUAUAAAUUUGUCACCAAAAGCGUUUUAUUGUAAACAAUUUGUUCCUUUAACGAUUUUAUUCUUCAAAUAUAAAUGGCGAUUGGAGCAGAAAACGAACGACACGUACCUGGUUCUCUGAAGCAACAGAACAAAGCUCACAAGCAUGGCCGGCAUAAGAGCAAGGGGAAAUUGGAAACUUUGAAAAGAGGUCGAGUAUUGGCAACCAAGAUACUUCGUAAAGCAAAACAUGAACAAAACAAAAGUGAAAGGAGAAAUCAAGCUGCACAGCUACGGCACAAUAAGCGGGAGAACUACUUACUGAAAAAAAGAGGAUUGACAGAUGCACCAUAUUUGGUUGCUAUGGUACCUUUAAACACCAAUAUCAAUACCUCACAUCUACUAUGUCUGUUUAAAAAUGCUGAUGUUGAAGCUGUUACAGGUUAUAGCCCUGAAUCACAUCUGCAUAUCGGGAUUCCAAAAUUACGAAAGCGAUUUUCUCUUCUGGAGUGUGACAGUGGGAAUGUACUGGAUGUGUUGGACGCACUUAAAGUGGCGGACUGUGUUCUGUUCCUGAUGUCUACACGUGGAAUCGACACAGUGGGGGAGGCACUGCUAACAGCUUGUCUUGCUCAAGGCUUGCCCUCCACUGUCACUGCUGUAGUCGACCUCUCCUCAAUAUCUAACACGAAACGCUUUGGAGUGAAAAAGGAACUGCAUAACUCUAUCAACCAAUGGCUGCCCGAUGAAAAAGUGAUUAUACUGGAACAGGAGAGUGAUGCUUUAAAGAUCCUGAGAUCCAUUGGCAACCAGAAAGAGCGUGGGAUAGUCCAACGAGACCGUCGGCCCCACCUGCUUGCCGAACAAGUGGAGUUCAUUCCUGACCAGCAGGAAUCUUCUGUAGGGACAGUGAAAAUGACAGGGUACCUGCGAGGACAGAUCUUGUCAGUGAACUCCUUGGUGCACAUCCCAGGCUGGGGUACUUUCCAGAUGAAACAGAUAGACUCUCCGGGGGAUCCUCAUCUCAUGGGGAAUUCCAAAGCGGAGGUGCAGGAAUACAAGAUCUUAGCAGUAGCUGACCCACAAAAACAGGAGUCCCUGGAUAUGGAGAAUGUACCUGAUCCAAUGGAUGCGGAGCAGACUUGGCCUACAGAGGAGGAGAUGGCAGAAGCGGAGGUCCGGAUCAAAAGAGUUAAACGAGUGCCAGCUGGCAUGUCAGACUAUCAGGCUGCAUGGAUACCAGACUGUGAUGCAGAAGAAGUAGAAAACGAAGUGGAGGAUGAUGAUGAUGACGAUGACGACGACAACAACAUGGAGUGUGAUGAAGCCCGGUCAGAAGAGGACUCAGACGAGGAGGUGUCGGAGGAGGCAGAGACUAUGACUGUUACCUCUGAGGCUCCAAUACCAACUGACAAGUACGACCAAGACACCAACCUCACCGAGGAACAAGAGACUUUGCAGAAAAUGAGAGAAGCCAGGAUUGAGCAGAUGUUCCCAGACGAGGUAGACACGCCUCUGGAUAUCCCAGCUCGAGUGCGCUUCCAGAAGUACCGAGGCCUCCAGUCCUUCCGGACCUCUCCUUGGGACCCCAAGGAGAAUCUUCCCUCUGAUUAUGCCAAGAUCUUCCAAUUCAAGAACUUUGAUAAGACGAAGAAAAGGGUUCUCAAUGAGUUGGGAGACAUAUCUGGUGCUCUUCCUGGUUGGUAUAUUACAGUCCAUGUGCAAAAAGUGCCCGAGGCUCUUUACACAGCCCGUCUGGGUUCCCAGCCUCUGCUAUUCUAUGGCUUGCUGCCUCAUGAACAGAAGAUGUCAGUCCUUAACAUGGUCCUUAAGCGGCAGCCAAUCUUCAGGUUCCAGGACCCCAUUAAGUCUAAGGAGCAACUGGUAUUUCAGUGUGGUUAUCGCAGGUUUAGGGCGAGCCCAAUCUUCAGCCAGCAUACCAACGGAUCUAAGCACAAGUAUGAACGAUAUUUCCAGCCCAACUCAACAGUUGUAGCAACAGUAUUUGCUCCCAUCACGUUUCCUCCAGCAUCUGUCCUGGCAUUCAAAGAGAAGAAAGAUGGCACUCAGGUGUUGGUAGCAACAGGGAGCGUACUUUCUGUGAACCCUGACCGGGUUGUGGUGAAACGAGUGGUGCUCAGCGGACAUCCCUUCAAGGUACACAAGCGCACAGCUGUUGUUCGCUUCAUGUUCUUCAACCGAGAGGAUAUCGACUGGUUCAAGCCUGUGGAGUUGCGCACCAAGUAUGGCAGACGGGGUCACAUCAAGGAGCCACUGGGAACCCAUGGACACAUGAAGUGCAUAUUCGAUGGACAGCUCAAGUCACAAGACACAGCCCUACUCAAUCUGUACAAGAGAGUCUACCCCAAGUGGACCUUUGAUAACUAUGUGCAGUUAAUCCCUGGCAACAUCUCAAUGGAGACAGUCUAAUCUCUGUUGAUCACAAGUUACUAUGCUUAUUUCUGUUUCUCUAUUUAGUGGUUUAUAAUUUUCUGUUAAAAAGUGAUUAUAUUAUUACUCUUUUAAAGUUGUUACUCCUUAAGUUUUAUAGAGUUUACAGUGCCAUUUUUAACUUUUGAAGUUUUGUUUUAUUUCAAACAUACAGUAAGAAUAUGUUUUGUUUUGUAAUGGCAGUCCUUCAGUUUCAUAAGCAGAUCAAGGUUAUGAUUGUCAUCAUAAUUUAACUAUGAGGAACUGCUCUUAGGAGAGGUGUCUAGAAUUUUCUAUUCUUAGUAUUGUUUUUUGUCAUAUAUAUAUAUAUAUAUAUAUAUAUAUAUUUAUUACAAACAUUAGUUGUUUGCCCAAAAAAGACAAAAAUUCAAUACAACUUCUAGUGGUAUAUCUCUUUGUACUUUUUAUCACCUGUGUUGUUUUUACUUUAAAAGUUCGAAGUUAUAAUACAUAAAUGAUUUAAUAAAUAAGAGCAUUGCAAUUAUGUUUGGCUGUUUAUAUUAUUAAAACUUAAUGAUGAGAUAAAAUUAUUUUAUAGUUUAAAAUUCAUGGCUUUUUAAAUCUUUAAAGCCCUUUAAGAUAUUGAAAAAGUAAUUUUACUUAAAAAUGUCUGCUCUUACCAUUUUUUAUAUUUCAUCAAGAUUUUAUGAAAUAGUGAAUAAACAGUAAUUGGCCAAGAACAGCAAUGACACCAUUUGUUGGUUUUAAAUAAUAAAAUGUAUACCAAUGUGUUCUUUAUAAACUAAACAGGUUAUACACUUCAUGAUAAAUUUGUUUAAUGGCCAUAAUUUUUAUAUUUUUAAUAAAUAUUUAUUUACUAUUUAGUAAUUAGGUUUUAAUAAGGCAAAUGCCAUCCAAUUCUCUUGCACUAUCUUUCAAAUCUCUUGACACAUCUUAUGAAUGAAUUUUUUAAGAGAAAAAUAUAGACCGUGAGCCAAGUUAUAGCCCCUUGUUAUGUUAGGAUUUUUAUCACAGGAAAAAACAAGUGAUAAAAACUGAGGGGCGUACUUUGAGUUGUUUUCGAACACUGAUUGAGUAGGCUAAUGCUUUUCCUUGAAUUAUGACAGAUAUCAGUUAUUAAUAUAUCAACCACGAAAAACAAAAUUUAGCUUUAAAGAAAUAUGUACAUGGUUUGUGCUUGACAUGUAGUUUAAUUUAAUGUGUACAAUAAACAAAUUUGAAACUGAUCAGCUUUUGUUGUAGACGCAAUACAGUAUUUACAUAUAAAGUAGUUAUUGUAAUUUUAAAACAUGUGGGCAAAUAACAAUUCAUUAAAAACCAUCUUCAACAGAUCCUGUUUUCAUUCAAAACUUUUAUAUACCUAUUAACAUACUUGCUUGGUCUAACAUAAUUAUAUUAUUACUAGAUUUUGUGUGUCUGAGUAUGAAGCAGCCAAAACCCUAAACAUAUAAAUAUUCAAACAUCAUUCUUCACAAACUUUCACAUUUAUAUUAAAAAUAUAUAAUUAACGCUCAAGUAACGUAAAUUAAGACACAUAGUAUGCAAAGUCCUGUUGCUUUUUUUCUUAGCAUACAAAAGAAUUUGACAUUUGCAUCUAGUCUGAUGUGUUCAGGUGGAUCGAUGAGAGUUCCAACAUCACACAAGAGUUUCUGUACUGAUUGACAAAAUCUGAUCUUACUUCAGUUGCGCGUUGACUAGUACCCAAUGAGAAUAAAUCAUAAUUUGUAUAACUUAAUGUGUGGAAUUUUACAAAAAAUUUGUAUAUGUAUAUAUAUAUAUAUAAAUUUUUAUAUGUAUAUAUAUAUAUAAAAUUUUAUAUGUAUAUAUAUAUAUAUAUAUAUAUAUCCUUUAUGUCAACACUAUAUCCGACAAUGACCAUUGUGCCUCUUAAAGUGCAAGUUCUGCAGAAAUAUCACGUUUAUUACUGCAGUAAUUGCUGGAUAACUAAAUUUUAUUCACUGUUAUUUUUCUUUUCUACAUUAUUUUAAAAUGUAGUUUCCUACUAUAUAGAUAAUAUUUCAUAGUACUGUUUUUAUAGAGUAAAUAUUUCAUAUUUUUAGUAUAGACAUAAAUGACAACCUAAAUAUGUUUUCUGAUACUGUCCUAUUACAAUUACAACAGGAUAGUCUUCUAUACAUGUAUGGUGACUAGAGAUGUUCAAUUUAUUCCUGACAGUUUCUAAAUAUCACUCAAUGUCGCUGAGUUUAUAUAUUUUUUUUCUCUUUAUUGUGUUUAAAGAAUUUUGAAUUCAGAUAAGGUAUUUUUGUUAUUUGAUAUUGUUAAUUAUUUAUACACAUACAGUUUGUACUAUGCUAUUUUACUAACCAUUUUGCCAACUAUUUUGUUUUACUUGUAACAGACUGUUGUAAAUAUAUAUUUGUUUUAUUUUUA